AUGCCAGGCUCACUCGCCGAAUACCUAGCAAAGAACUACCUCACAGCCGACCCGGCAACGGAGCGACCAAAGAAGAAGCGCAAGAAGACCAAAGCCGUCGACACAGCCGGCUCCGGCCUCAUCAUCGCAGACGAUGACCCACCCGACAUUCGCGCCUCACUAGGCAAAAGCAAAGAAGACGAUGAAGACAGCCCGUACAUCGAGCGAUCGGCCAAAAGCGCCGAAUUUCGCCGCGCAAAGCAGUCAAGCUGGAAAACAAUCGGCGGACCAGCGCCAGGCGAACAAAGCGAACAAGCAGCCGCAGACGCAAUCCUCGCCUCAGCAGCCGCGGAACGAACAGCCCAACAAGACGCCGAAGAAGAUGACGGCCCAACAAUCGAAGAGGAAGAUGAAGGCGAAGACGGCGCGCGAAUGGAAUCCGGUGCUCGAGGCGGUCUCCAAACAGCCGCCCAGACAGCAGCCAUGGUAAAAGCGCAAGAAAAAAGGCGCAAAGCCGAAGAGGCACUAUACCGCGAUCCGACUGCCUCGAACGAAAAGACCCAGGAAACAAUCUACCGUGACGCGUCCGGACGGAUCAUCAACGUCGCAAUGAAACGCGCUGAAGCACGCCGCGCCGAGGAGGAAAAGCGCGAGAAGGAAGAACAAGCGCGCGAGGCUCUCAUGGGCGAUGUACAGCGACAGCAGCGUGAAGAGCGGAGACAGGAACUGCAAAAUGUCAAGUCUAUGCCUGUGGCACGGACGAUCGAUGAUGAUAUUAUGAAUGAUGAACUCCGGGCGCGGGAGCGAUGGAAUGAUCCUGCCGCGGAGUUCCUUACGUCGCGGCCGGAUGCUGGGUCUAGUGUUUCUGGGAAACCGUUGUAUCGGGGUGCCUUUCAGCCGAAUCGGUAUGGCAUUCGGCCUGGACAUCGGUGGGAUGGGGUCGAUCGGUCUACUGGGUUUGAGAAGGAGUGGUUUGCGGCGAGGAAUAAGAAGAGCCGGUUUGAGGCUUUGGAUUAUCAGUGGCAGAUGGAUGAAUAA